UUUUCAUACUGAGCCAGUUAGCUGUUUGACUGCCACAGACAGAGAACAACCUGCAGCUGUAUCGGUCGCUUGUAAGAUAACAGCCUUUCUGAUAUUUAUAGCUGAAAACAAUUCAGGAUGUGCGGCAUUUGGGCCCUUUUUGGCAGUGAUGAGUGCCUUUCUGUACAGUGUCUCAGUGCUAUGAAGAUUGCUCACAGAGGUCCUGACGCUUUCCGAUUUGAAAAUGUGAAUGGGUUUACCAACUGCUGCUUCGGCUUCCAUCGAUUAGCCAUUGUUGACCAGCUUUAUGGUAUGCAGCCACUUCGAGUGAAGAAGUUUCCAUAUUUGUGGCUUUGCUACAAUGGAGAAAUUUACAAUUACAAGCAGCUACAGAAACACCUUGGAUUUGAAUAUCAAACAAUGGUUGAUGGUGAAGUCAUUCUUCAUCUGUACAGUAAAUUUGGGAUUGAACAAACUGCUGCUUUGCUGGACGGUGUGUUUGCUUUUAUCCUGUUGGACACAUCUAAUAGGAAAGUGUUUCUGGGAAGAGAUACAUAUGGCAUCAGACCACUCUUUAAGCUGCUAACAGAUGAUGGAUUUUUAGGUGUUUGCUCUGAAGCUAAAGGUCUUAUUAAUCUGAAGCAUUCAAUGACUUCAUGUCCAAAAGUUGAUCCAUUUCCUCCAGGCCAUUGUGAAAUAUUUGAUUUAAAACCUUCUGGGAAAGUUGCAUCAGUGGAACUAAUAAAGUUUCACAAUCCAAAAGAUGAACCACAACAUGCACAAUAUGAUACUGUGGGGAAGCUUCAAGCAGGAAUGGAUCGUGAAACAGUAAAAAGAAACAUUUGUCUUCUGUUUGAAAAUGCUGUGAGGAAAAGGUUAAUGGCGCACAGAAGGAUUGGCUGCCUUUUAUCAGGAGGACUGGAUUCAAGUUUGGUUGCUGGAACUCUUCUCAAGCUCAUGAAAGACAGUAACAUUCCUUACCCCUUACAAACAUUUGCAAUAGGAAUGGAAGACAGCCCUGAUUUGCUGGCUGCUAGAAAGGUUGCUUCCCACAUUGGCAGUGAGCACCAUGAAAUUAUGUUUGAUUCUCAAGAAGGUAUUCAAGCAGUAGAUGAGGUGAUCUUCUCGCUGGAAACAUAUGAUAUUACAACAGUACGUGCUUCUGUUGGAAUGUAUUUGAUUUCCAAGUACAUAAGGAAAAACACAGACAGCGUGGUCAUCUUCUCUGGAGAGGGUUCCGAUGAACUCACACAGGGGUAUAUAUAUUUCCACAAGGCACCAUCUGCUGAAGAGGCUGCAGAAGAUAGUGAGCGCUUACUAAAAGAACUUUACAUGUUUGAUGUACUUCGUGCAGACAGGACGACUUCUGCACAUGGCCUUGAACUGAGGGUCCCAUUUUUGGAUCAUCGAUUCUCCGCUUACUAUCUAUCUUUGUCUCCAGAGCUCAGAAUUCCUAAGAAUGGGAUUGAAAAAUAUUUACUUAGAGAAGCUUUUGAAGAUUCCAACCUUAUACCAAAAGAUAUCCUGUGGAGACCAAAGGAAGCAUUUAGCGAUGGACUAACAUCUGUAAAGAAAUCUUGGUUUACAAUACUACAGGAGCACAUUGAACACCAGGUCGAUGACAUUAUGCUGGAGAAGUCUGCUGAAAAAUUUCCUUUUAAUCCACCCAAGACAAAAGAAGGUUACUUCUAUCGCCAGAUAUUUGAAAAGUACUAUCCAGGACGUGCUGGCUGGUUGACUCAUUACUGGAUGCCUCGUUGGAUUAAUGCCACAGAUCCCUCCGCCCGCACACUGAAACAUUAUAAAUCUGACCUUGCUGAAUAAAGCAUCAUUAACAUUGAAAAUAAAAUCUUUUAUUUCCCUUUUAUCAUUUAA